AUCGCGUGGCUCCCCUACCCCGGUGGUCAACAGUUGUCUUGGGAAGGGCUCUUCAAUGUGCUUUUUAUGAAAUCUUCCUAUUUUCUAUGUAUUUUUCGCGAAAGAAAAGAUAUCAAGAAGAUCUGUAUGCAGUUUUAUCAAGUUUUAGUUUUUAUAUUAGUAUUUUUUAAUGGAGUGGAAGCGGUUCUUGACAGAAACUGCACUCACAUGGAUGCUUUAGGGAAAUACUCAACAAACGCCGUCAAUUGCGAAAACACAUACAGUGACGAUGCUUGUACAAUGAUUUAUGGUAGCAGUGUUACAGUGGGCACCACUGUCGAGAGACCGCUUUUGUGCUUCAUGCUGAACGGUGAGAGGAGUGAAGAAAUGAAACGGAUUUCAAUGACAUCUUGUCCGAAAACUUGCGGGUAUUGUUGCCAAACUGAACCAUUUGACUGCAACAAUUCUCCAUUUCCCCGUAUUAAUUGUGCGAUGGUGACAAGUAGAAUGUGCAAAGAUCCUCAAUGGCGUGAAGUGCUUACGGAAGAUUGUCCGAAUGUUUGCGGGUUUUGUUUGGAAGGUGGGUGCUUCGACAAGGCAGUCGAUUGUACUACGGAUAUUUCGAUUUGUAUGAAUGUUGGAAUGCAGGAUUUUGUGAAGGAGUAUUGUCGCAAGACGUGCGGAUUUUGCCGCCCGACCGCCGUGGUUACACCAGACCCCGACUAUCGGGGUACCACCACAAAUUGUGUGGAUUAUAACACAAAUUGUGCGAGUUGGUCGUUUCGUGGUUAUUGUACCAGUCCGUUUUACAGCUAUGAAACCAGGUUUGCAAAUUGUGCCGCCACCUGUGGACUUUGCUGAUAAUUUAUUUAAUAAUUGAAAAUAUGUAUCUGAAUAUUAAUUUAUAUUGAAAAUGGGUUCUAUAACAUCACAAAUUGAAAAUCAAAUUUACAAUUUCCACAUGCCUACAUUCUCAUCUAAAAUUUCUCUGACUUUGGCAAUUUGUAAGUCGACACAAAAACAUGGCAAAAAACUAGUCUUCGGUGAUGUUUUGAACAUAUUAAUUGAC